AUGACAAGUUUGCCAUCACCCUCAGCAAGGACAUGUCGAGACUAUCACCACCCAUACGAUCCGUAUGAUAUCCAACUACAAUUUAUGGAUGCGCUAUACGAAACUUUGCAGAAUGGUUACAAAAUAGGUAUGUUUGAAAGUCCAACAGGGACGGGAAAAACAUUAUCUAUAAUAUGCUCGUCGAUGACCUGGUUAAGAGAUUACAAGCGAAAUUACAACCUCAACACCAAGUUACUUGAGGGAAAUGUUUCCAAUAAUGAUGACAAACAGGCGGGAGAAGAUCACGAAGGAACCAAAGGAAAAGAUGAUGAUGAUGAUGAUGAUGAUGAUGAUGAUGAUGAUGAUGAUGAUGAUGAUGAUGAUGAUGAGCCAGAAUGGGUCAAGAUGGCUUAUCAAAAGAGUAUAGUGGAUAAAUCAAAGAAUAAAUUAAAGGAUUUUGAGCGACACUUGAAUGAGGUGGAUCAAGCCUACAAGCGUCGUGUCCAAAAAAAUAAAGAGGCAAAUCUUGGAACUAAGAUUAGAAACGUGGCAAGAAAACAACAAACACAAGAGGAUCCUGAAGAAUCAUUUCUUCCAAAUGAUUACAAUGAAACGAAUCAAGAAUCUUUUAUAAAUGACGUGGAAUCUAGAAACUUACAACUCUCAACUGAAAUUGAAAGGUUAAUGAAGAGUUCCAUAAUAAACAACAACGGAUCUGGAUCUAAUGCUGUUGAUGAUGCUGCUGCUGCUGCUGCUGCUGCUGCUACCGACGAUGAAUGUCCAACAAAGAUUUUUUUCACUUCGCGUACUCACUCACAACUUAAUCAAUUUUCAAGCCAGUUGCGACUAACCAAGUUUGAUGCAUCCUUUAAAGACUUGGAAGAAAGAACGAAAUAUUUGCCGUUGGGUUCUAGAAAACAACUUUGUAUCAACGACAAAGUUAAGAAUAGGAAAGGAGAGCAAAGCAUAAACGAUGCCUGUAUUGAUUUGCAAAAAACCAAGAAAGGGUGCACUUAUUUGCCAAACCCCAGCAACAGUUCAACCAUUUCAUCGGCAACAAAAGAAUUUGCAGACUUGAGUUUGGCACAGAUUCGAGAUAUUGAAGAUUUGGGCGAUUUGGGCUCUUCGCUACAUACAUGCCCAUACUAUUCAGUGCGAGAGGGUAUAAAACUGGCAGAGGUCAUUUCUCUUCCGUAUCAACUACUAUUACAAAGCGGAUCUCGUGAUGCUUUGAAACUUGAUAUCAAGAAUUCAAUCAUUAUCAUCGACGAAGCCCACAACAUAUUUGAUACAUUAACAUCCUUGUAUUCCGUGAAAAUUACUGCAGCACAACUUUCUCGCACAAUCAAAGCCUUGAAGAUUUACAUGACCAAGUUCCUGAAAAAACUCAAUAGUGGCAAUAGAAUUAAUUUAAUGAAAUUAACAAAGCUUUGUAAGUUGCUCAUGGAUUUUCUUCAAUCUGAUUUGGCAAAAUCCGCAAAGCUGGGAGAUCAAGUUGUUGGUGAAGAAAUCUUUCAAGGUUCAACAGGGGAUCUAGUCAACAUCCAUAAGAUGGAAGCUUACCUAAAUAAAUCCAAAAUAGCUUUUAAAUUACAGUCAUACAUGGAAAAAAUUGGCGUAGAGGAUGUCGGAACUGAUUUCAAACUUAAUUCGUCGAGCCCCAUAUUGUUUGAUAUUGUUAAAUUUUUGAAAUGUCUUUCGUACCCAAAAAAAGAAGGUAAAUUUUUUUGGGACAGAAUAUAUGGUGAUAAUGGUGGUUGUGAAGUAUCACUAAAUUACAUGUUGUUAGACCCAUGUGCCGUGUUUAAAGAAAUUGUCGAUCAAGCGAAAUGUGUGAUUCUUUGUGGCGGUACAAUGGAACCUACAAGCGAUUUUACAGAUUAUUUAUUCCCCUCCAUCAAACAUAACAAGAUUAAAAAGUUUGCAUGUGGGCAUAUUAUUCCGAAAAAUAACUUGAAAGUUAUCCCCGUAGGCCAGUAUUAUGGAAACUUUGAUUUUCUGUACAAUCGACGUAAUGAUCUGGAUCAAUUUAAAAGACUAGGCGAGUUCCUAAUCAAAAUUUGUGAAAUUGUACCAGCGGGCAUAGUGGUUUUCAUUAGCAGUUACCAAUUGCUCAGUGACAUUGUGAAAAUAUGGAGAGAAACAACAAUAUAUUCAAGACUCAACCUGCUAAAACAGGUUUUCGAAGAGUCAGUAGAAAACACAAAGCUGACUUCAUUGCUAAGUGAAUAUUCCUACGUCAUUAAUACUCAAUGCAAAGGUGCCAUUUUGCUUGCAGUUGUUGGUGGAAAAAUGUCUGAGGGGAUAAAUUUUUCAGACAAUUUGGCAAGAGCAGUCAUAAUGGUUGGUAUGCCAUACCCGAAUGCCUUUUCUGGGGAAAUUGUGGCAAAAAGAAACUUUAUCGAGGAGCAAGUUAUAACAAAAGGUGGCACUAUACAGCAAGCACGAGCCAAAUCAUACGAAUACUACGAUAAUCUAUGCAUGAAAGCAGUUAAUCAAAGUAUCGGACGAAAUAUCAGACGCCUAAGGUUCAGGGUAAAUUAA